AUGCGGGCACGUGAGAUGGAUUCUCAACCCUCCGAUGUAGACACGUGGCACUCCGAUCUAAAAAUCUCGACCUUAUCGGGUCCCACCUUCCAAUCGAGCUUAUCCACCUUGCGUGAGCUAAGAUCCGCGCGCCACGUCGGACCAAUUUCAACGGUUUUGAUAACGUGCGCACUAACAAACCCUCCCUCCAUGGGCUUACUCGACCAUCUCUGGGAUGAUACCGUCGCUGGUCCGCGGCCGGAGAACGGCCUCGGCAAGCUUCGGAAACACCAUACCUUCAGUUUCCGGCCUAGCUCCGGCAAUGAUCAACCGGACGGUGGAACUCCGAGAUCGUACGGUGAUGAUUCGCCAGAAGACGCCGUGAAAGUAACACGUAGCAUCAUGAUAAUAAAACCACCAGGAUACCAAGGCGGUUCAGCUCCGGUUUCGCCUGCCGGUUCAACUCCACCGGUGUCUCCUUUCUCUGGAGGAAAGGAACCCUUUCGGUUUAGGAGACGGUCGACAUCGGACGAUAAGGCAGCAGCAGGAGUAUCUUCAGAGUGUGGACCAAGGAGCUCUCCUCCUUCUUACGGCCUGUGA